AUGCCAUCAUUAAAAUGGCAAAUUGCUUUUGGUCUCGGAGCAGCCGGUGCUUUGGGUUUAGCUUAUUGGUAUUUAAGAACCAGCAAGAAGGAAACGUUGCAGACACUUAAUGCUGCAAUUGAAAAUGAUAAGGAAAAUAGUCCGUUUCAAGAAGCACAAAAGUUUAAGACACAAGGUAACGAAUUUUUUAAAAGAGGCAAAUAUGAUGAGGCCAUUGCCUGUUAUAAUAACGCAAUAGAAACAAUACCGGAAGAACACAAAUUAGAUCUUGCUACCUACUAUCAAAACCGAGCUGCUGCAUACGAACAGCUAAAAAAAUGGAGUUCAGUAAUAUCAGAUUGCACAAAAGCGAUUGAACUUAAUAAUCGAUAUGAAAAAGCACUUUUCAGAAGGGCCAAAGCUGAGGAAAUGCUUAAAGACUGGGUCAAUGCAUUAGAUGACAUUACAACAGUGUGCUUAUUACAAAAUUUUCAAAAUCAAGCUACCAUGCUUAUGGCUGAUAGAGUAUUAAAGGAAUUGGGUAAACAAAAUGCAGCAGAAGCUAUCAAAAAUAGAAUACCUGUAAUACCUUCACGUAGUUUUAUUAAGACAUAUUUUUCUUCAUUCUCUGAGGAUCCUGUAUUCAAAAGUUACAAGAAACAACUGAGCCACUAGGACUAGGUGAUUUGAAAGGUUUUCUGAAGGCAAAAUUAGCUUUUGCUACUGAAAGGUUUGAUGAAGUUAUAUCCGCAUGCACAGAAGAACUAAAUCUUAGUGAGUCUGAAUCACAGUACAAAUUUGAAGCCUUAUCCCUUAGAGCAUCAUUUUAUUUCCUCACUGGUCAGUUCAAGGAGGCUUUAGAAGACCUUACAUUUAUAAUAGACUCUAAAGAAGCAGAUCUUCUCAUCAAGGUAAAUUCUCUAAUAAAGAGGUCUUCAAUUUACAUGCAGACAGAAAAAAUCCAGGAUUGCCUUGCUGACUUUGAAAAAGCUGCCGAAUUAGGUCCAGAAGUAUCGGAUGUAUUCCAUCACAGGGGUCAAGUGAAACUAUUAAUGGAGCAAAUAGAAGAUGCCAGAAAAGACUUUGAAAAGGCGGUAUCUCUAAAUUCCGAUUUUGCAGUCGCUGUCGUACAAAAAUGUUAUGCAGAUUAUCGUUAUGCCAUGCAAGUUAAAGACGUAACUCUUCUCAUGCAAACAAUGCACGAUUUCCGUAUGGCUAUCGAGCGUUUCCCGAAUUGUGCGGAAACCUACGUUUUAUUCGCACAAGUGAAAACCGAAAAACAAGAGUUCCACGAAGCCGAGAAACUAUAUCAAACUGCCAUGGAAAUUGAUCCGCAUAAUGCUUCUAUUUACGUCCAUAGGGGGCUUUUGUUGUUACAGUGGAAGGGUGAAAUUGAAAAUGCCGUUGACCUCAUGAAGGAGGCUAUAAAAGUUGAUGAUAAGUCUGAGUUUGCGUAUGAAACGCUUGGAACUGUAGAAGUACAAAGAGGUAAUUUGGUACUCGCAAUAGAAUUGUUUAACAAAGCCAUCGCCCUUGCAAGGUCGGAGAUGGAAAUGGUGCAUUUAUUUUCACUUAGAGAUGCGGCGUCUUCACAACUCAAAAUAGCCUCGAAGAUGGGUUUGGGACCAGAUAUUUUAAAAGGAGUGUCAUAA